AUGGCACCACCAGAAUUGGCAGAGUUGAGGAAACAACUAGAUGAAUUAUUGGAAGCUGGAUUCAUACGACCAACAAAAGCCCCAUUUGGUGCUCCGGUGCUCUUUCAAAAGAAACAAGACAGAAGCUUGAGAUUGUGUGUAGAUUAUCGAGCACUAAACAAAGUGACUGUGCGGAACAAGUACCCUAUACCUCUGAUUGCAGAGCUGUUUGAUCAACUGGGCCAAGAAAGAUUCUUCACGAAAUUAGAUCUCUGGUCAGGGUUGGUCUAUCUUGAUGAUAUUGUGGUGUACAACUCCUUUAUGGAGGAACACAAGGAACAUCUUCGUUUAGUCUUUGAAAAGUUGAGAGAGAAUAGACUCUUCUCGAAGAGAGAAAAAUGUGCUUUUUCUCAAACCAAAAUCAAGUUCUUAGGCCAUGUGAUUGAACGAGGGCGCACUGAUGCAUCAAAUUUAGCAUUGGGGGGAGUAUUAAUGCAAGACGGUCAUCCAAUUGCUUUUGAAAGUCGUAAGCUGAAAGAUGCAGAGAUUUGUUACACCGCCCAGGAAAAGGAGUUAUUAGCAGUUAUACAUUGUUUGCGUACAUGGAGGCAUUACUUAUUGGGGUCAAAGUUUGUAGUAAAGACAAACAAUACCGGUGUCAGCCAUUUCUUUUCACAACCAAAAUUAUCACCAAAACAAGCCAGGUGGCAGGAAUGCUUAGCUGAAUUCGACUUUCAAUUCGAAUACAAACCUGGGAGUUUCAAUAGAGUUGCAAAUACAUUGAGUAGAAAGUCAGAAGUGUUCACCCUUAACCGUAUAGCUCAUAUGUCUCGAAGUCAAGUGGAGGAAUGA